AUGAUUCGAAUUAGCCAGUUUCUCCGGAAUUCACAGUUAUCUUUCCGCAUCAGCCCGCCAUUAGCUCGGAAUUCAAGGCAUCCUAAUGUCCGCUAUGUAAAAUUUCAGAGACCAUGGAUCAGAAAACUUUUCACUGCCUUUUUACUCUAUGGGACUGCUUUUCAUUUAUGGAGCUCAUUUGUUCUACUGCAAUUUGAUGCUGCACCCGAGGAUGACGAUUCGUCUCGGCGACCUAGUAUGAGCGAGAAAUACGCACGUGCAAACAGAAAUGAGAGCGAUAUAGAUACCACAGGUGAAAUGGAGGACUUCGAUGAGGAUCCUAUACAUAUCCCAUUGAGUUGGCCGCGCAGGCAUGAGGGCAAAUUCUAUGCCGCAUCCGACCCAGAAUGGCAGGAGUUCGUCAAAUUUGCCAGAGACCAUAAAAAAAUACGGUCAUUGAAAGAUGAACUGGCAACGAUUGUUUUGAAUAAUGCCUCUCGAUCAAGCCUGCUUUCCCACGUAUUAGGACAACCCCUCAACAUAACAGGGUUCUGGUUACUGCACCAUUUUCCAUCACGUGCACCACCUGAGUAUGAUCGACUAUGUCUGGAGAUCAACGAUACUGGUGUAUACCUGGUGACGAAACGGAUGUCUAGCGAGGAUGGCGACAAGCUCCAGAGAUUCAUGCGACCUGUCUCUGUGGCCCUCGCAAUCAAAGAUGCUUAUAUGGUUUUCUUUAGAAGGCAGCUCCUUCGUUUGCAGGAUAGAAGUUCGGACCGAGAACAUACCGCGAGCACAUCGGAUCUUUCGUCCUCCAAGCAUGCAUUCUCACGAGAUACAGGGGAUUUGGAUGGGUUAAAUCACAUCGCUCAAUCUGAAUCUCAGCUGCCACUUCCUGACAGUCAUCAAGAAAAAUUACCGCGUGAUAAUGAAUAUGGUAACCUUCAUCCAUCAUCAAUCAUCUCCUCUGUACAGCGAUUGCCACUGCCUAAGUUUGGACCUGGGUCCGAUUUCUAUCUUGCCUUGUUGGCUUUUAAAUGGCGAUUGACCGAAAGUUGGGCUCGAGCGUCCCACACACCGCGCCGUGGCACGUUUUAUAUUACUGGACCUGUGGGACUAAAAGGCCCAAGAGGAUUUUGCAGGGUUGAAGUAAGAGGUGAAUACGAUCCGGCCGCGUCAAGUUGGACUGCCGUGAAAAUUCAAUUAAAGGAUCUGAAUGUUUUCAAGCAAAAACCACUUGGUGGCCCAUGA